AACCAAUCACGUUUCUCCAUUUCCCCCCCCCCCCUUCCUCCUCUCUCUGCCUUCGUCUCCUCGGGUGGCCUUCGCUGGUACAAUCCAUCCUCUGCCUCUCUCUCCCUAUUCCAUUCAAUCCCUUUCUUGCUCCUCUUGAUCGUAUCGUUUUCCUCCGUCUGCCGAUCUAUCCUUCCAUACAUGACGUGGCCGCCGGGCUGUGACUAGGGUUCCUCUGUCUCGUCUAUCGGGGGCCUCCCACCCGUGGAACUAGGGUUUGGCGGCCUUUUCAUGCUUUGAUUCGGUGAUUCAGGUAUCAGAAGCGAUUUGGAAUUGAUGGUUCCUGCCGGUGGAGGGGUCGGAGACAACGAAAUCGGGAAAGAUGCAAGGUUAUGUAUGGGCGGGAAGGUGAGGAGAAGAAACGGCAGCGGCACAUGCGGUAGUAUAGCAGCAGAUCCCCUAGCUUUUCCUUCCCUGAACCCCUUGGAUUCCUUCUCAAAGAAACAUCAGGAAGAAGUAGAUAAGCUUUUAAACAAAACACGGCUAGAAAUGCAUGCGGCAGUGCAGUCAGGAUUGCAAAAAUCUCAGAGUACUUCUGCAAUCACACUACAGUUAAAACCUGGUUCAGAUAGAGUACAAAAUAGUGACACCUCCUUCCCAUCUCAGGCUAAGGAAAAGAAGAGGUUGGGUGAUCAGGGUGAAGAACUGGUCAAGGGAGAUCAAGUCACAGGGGCUGUCAAGCGAGAUCAGGGAACGGAAUUGAUCAAUCAACAGCAUCCUGCUAAACUUGAUGAUGGUGAUUACGUUAACUUUGAGUUUGACAACAUGAAGUCUGAAAUUGCAAAAAUUACAGAAAAAGAUGGUCUUAUAAGCUAUGAAGGGGUUGAGAAGUUGGUGAAUCUUAUGCAGCGUGGUAGAACUAAGAAAAAAAUAGAUUUGGCUGGUCGAAUAAUGCUUGCAGAUGUCAUUGCAGCUACUGAUAAAUAUAAUUGCCUUGAUAAGUUUGUGCAACUUAUGGGAGUGACUGUCUUGGAUGACUGGCUCCAGGAGGUGCAUAAAGGAAAGCCCAGUGAUGGUAGAAGGCACGUAGACAGUGACAAAGUAGUUGAGGAUUUUCUCUUAUCUUUGCUUCGGGCACUUGAUAAGCUGCCUGUAAACCUAAGUGCUCUGCAGACUUGCAACAUUGGCAAGUCAGUGAAUAAUUUGCGCACUCAUAAAAACUUGGAGAUCCAGAAGAAAGCUAGGAGCCUUGUUGAUACUUGGAAGAAACGGGUCAAUGCAGAAAUAUCAAAAACUAAUGAUGCAAAAUCUGUUGGAUCUGGCCGAUCUGUUUCAUGUUCAGUCAAACCAUGUUCUUAUGAUGUCAGUCAUUCAGGAAAUAAAAGAUCUGGAUCAACUAAUGUGGCUGCCAAAAUGCACAGCACUCAGCCAUCAGCAUGUAGAGCUCUGUCUAAUAAGUAUGGAGCCCCAGAUUCUACUAAAAAGGAAACUUUUCCAGCAUCUAUCGUGGUUAGCUUGAAGGACCCACAUUGCAAAACAGUUGAGGACAAGAGCAGUGAUUCCAGUCAGUCUCAGAACAAUAGUGAUCAAGCAAAAACAAUGGCUUCUUCAUGGAAGGAAGAGGCAAGGAGCUCAACAGCUGGUUCGACAACUACUAGCAAGCUAGCUGGUGAUUCAUAUCACCACCGAAGAUCAAGCAAUGGACUUUUAGGAACAAGUAUAGCUGCUUGUCAGAGGGAAAAUCAUUCGGGUAGGUCUGAUUCUGUCAACAGGGUUAUGACUUUGGAAAAAGCAUCACAAUGUGGACAGACAUCUGAAAGGCCAACCGAUGUGCCUGUUGAUGAUCAUGGAAAUACAAACAGUCUAAUCGUUCGGCUUCCUAAUCAUGGUCGGAGCCAUCGACAUAGUGCCAGUGGUGACUCUUUUGAGGACCCUUUGGUUAUGAGCAGCAGAUCUUCAUCUCCUGGUAUUCCUGACAAACAGCACCAUAACAAUCAUAAAAGACAGAAGAAUGAUGUUUCUCAGUCUCACGUUGCCACAGAUGCCAAUACAGAGCCAUUGCAGUACAACGAUGUUAAAGAAGAUGCAGGAGCUGAAGGUGUGAUAUCACCAACAGAUAUUCUUGAUGAAGAGCAUGGAAAGUUUGUUGAUGGAAGUGGGAAGGUUGCAGAUAUGAUUAUAACUGCUUGUUUAUCAUCUGGAAAUGAAAAUGUAGUUUCCUUGACCAGACCAAGGAGAAGAAAUUCUUGUAGUUCUAUUAAUGCCUUGAUAGAAAGCUGUGCCAAACACUCUGAAGCUAGCACUCCUUUGGCUGUCAGGGAUGACAUGGGAAUGAAUUUACCAGCUACUGUGGCAGCAGGGGAAAUAUCCAAGUCUGACUUGAUUUCUUCCACUGAUUCACUCGGAACAUCACCUGUAGCGGAGGACCCAUCUAAUGGUAAUGGUGAGUCCAAGUUGGGGCUAUCAUGUGAUGAUAAUAUGGUUAAGAGGAAUAUCCAAUAUGAUGAAGCUGCUGAUCCCAACUCUGAGAAGCAAGGGAAGAGCGUUGGAUCUGUAUUAGCUAUGGAACCAUUGCAACAGGAAAUUACCAACUUUACAAGUAACAGCAGUAAUGCUAUCCAGUUGCAGGAUGAUAAAUUAACCAACGAUCCAACGACACAAUCUACUGUCUCGUGCAUGAGUUCUCAUAAAAUUGUAGACUCUUGCAUGAAAGUAGAGGUAAAUAUUGGGGAAGAAAGAAUUCAUAAAUUUAUUUCAUCAUCUAAACCAGCAGAAGUGGAGUGUGAUGCCGAUGGUGCCUUUCCGCUCAAGGACAAGCGAAUGACUGGUGGGCAUGUAUCAGAUAUUUAUACAGAUGGCAAACCCAACUCUACAAGCUCAUCUAUGGAUGAGAACAAAUUCCUUGAAUGUGAAUGUGAAAAGAUCGGAGAUGGCAGUAUAUGCACCUCUGAUGUCAAAAUAAGUUAUAGAUGUGACCUGGACAUUGCUGCUUCAGGUAGAAAUUUAGAGACGCUGCAUGUUGAGAAGAAAACAUCAAGUGUUGUAGUGAAAGAAGUGUUUGGUGGUACUAACUCAAUUGAUCAGCAGCAAGCUCUAGUAUCGGAUGCUGUAGAUGGAAGUGUUAAUGUUGUUGUCUUGUUGGCUACUGAUAAUGUUCCAUCUCCUAAAGCUGCUGAUGAGUCUAGGAAUAGGAAGUCUGGUAACUCAGGAAUCAAUCACUUAGAGUCGGGGCAUGAAGCAAACAAGCCGAACAGUAUUCCUGUUUCUAGCAUUGUGGAACCAGUAGGUUCAAAUGUUGUCUCCCUUGUCAGUCUAAAAGAGGCUCAUGAGAACUGUCCAUUAGGAUCAGCAAGUCAAGAACCACCAUCUACUCUUGGAACUGAAGACACCGAGAAUUCUGCAAAGUCUAUCAGCUCUAAGAUAUCUGCAUUUGAUUCAGAUGGAAGGAAGGCACUUGCAUCAUUUGCAGAACCCUGCUCAUUGAUUGCUUCUGCUGAGCCUGAUGUUGCCAGUAAGCUUGAAUUUGAUUUGAAUGAAGGCCUUCCUGCAGAUGAUGAGAACGAUUGCCAACCAGCUGUCUCAGCUGCUGCUGCAUCUUCAUCCACAAUUCACUUGUCCAACCUAUCUUCCUGUGCAAAUUUCAUGUCAAAUUGUUCGCCUACUUCAAUAACCGUAAGUGCACCUGCAAAAGGACCAUUUGUUCCACCUGAAAGCUUAUUGAAGACUAAAGGUGAGCCUGGAUGGAAAGGCACAGCAGCCACUAGUGCAUUUCGGCCAGCAGAACCACGAAAGACUUUGGAGAUGACACCCAAUGAUUCUGAUGUGUCAUCAUUUUAUGGUGCUGGGAAACAGGGCCAACCUCCACUAGGCAUUGAUCUGAAUAUAGCUGAUGAGAGAGUGACUGAAGACAUGGUCUCUCAGAGCUCAGUUCAGACUGCAGUCCCUGUGUUGGGAACUGAUACUGAUGAUGCACCUACACGAACUGUCAUGGGAGUAUAUCUUGAUUUGAACUUAGUUGAUGACAGUAUGGAAUCUGGGCAGUUCUUGGCCAGCACCAGCUGCAGAUUAGAGAUGCCGCUUUUGCCUGUCCGACCUGCAACCGAAGCAAAUAUGCUAAGGAACUUUGAUCUGAAUGAUAGACCAAGCCCCAAUGAAGUUGGUAUAGAACCUGUACAAAGGAACCAACAAGCGAACAGCGCCCGUGAUGUGCCAUUUUUGGCUCCAGUUACAGAUCAUAGAACAAGUAAUUCUGCAUCAUCUUGGUUCCAUCCAAACUCUUAUCCGGCUGUUGCUGUACCAUAUUUCUUGUAUGAUAGACAAGAGCAAUCUAAUCAAAUAGUUGGAACUCUAGGGUCCCAGAGGAUUUUGGGGUCAGUAAUCGGUGGUGGCAACCUUGGUAAUGAUAGUUAUAGGGGACCUGUCCUUUCAUCAUCUCCGGCCAUGGCAUAUUCUCCUGCGGCAGCAUUUUCCUAUGGAAGCUUUCCCCUUGCUUCCAGUUUUCCAAUUGCCUCAACCUCUUUCCCGGAUACUUCAACACAAUAUGUUGAUUUGUCAUCUGGAGGUGGUUCAUGCUUCCCUACUUUUCCUUCGAUGCUGCUUGGACCUUCCGGUGCUACUUCAUCUCAUUAUCCAAGGCCUUAUCUGAUAAGCUUUCCGGAAGGUAGUACUGCUAGUGUCUCUGACAACAGUUUGAUACGGAGCAGCCAAGUACUUGAUCUUAAUACAGGUUCAGGAAGUGAAAAAAUGGAAGGAAAAGGUGAGAGGUUAGCUUCAGCAUCAAAGCAACUUUUGGCUGCCACUUCGCAGGCUUUUAUGGAGGAACAGACAAGAAUGUAUGGAUUGCCAGGUGUAGGUUCAAAGAGGAAAGAUCCUGAAGGGAGUUGGGAUGGCGACAGAUCUGCUAAGCACUUGCGGAAGUGAGUGAUGUUCCAUAUUAGAUAUAGUGUCAAGAGUCUGGUGAGCUACCAGUCAAUAGGAAAAUUAUAGUGUUCGUGAUAAAUAUUAGCUUAUUAUGCUUCAACGUGCAGGCACAAGCUUGUGUGAAAUUUCUUUCCUGCUUUGCUUUUUCUUUAAAUUAUACACACAAAAGUUCACAUACAUCCUAGUGUCUGCCUCCAGGAUGUUGUGGAAGACAUUAAAAGAAAGGAACCAAACAUUUGCUGCAGUUCCAUGUAAAUUUUUAGAUAUGAUUCACUCCUUCGAGAUA